CUAAACCUAUUGCUGAGAGUGUCCUUAAUAAAUUUUAUAAAACUCUGUAUGAGUACACUGUUGGUUUACAAUAUACCAUGGACUGCCUCACUUUGUUCAACAUCGGAACUGAAAAUGUAUUUGAAGAGGAACACAAAAUUGUUUGCUAUAAGAUGUUUGAAUAUAUAAGAGAAUUUGUGUUGCAACAAAGGGUUCAGUUACUUAAAGAAAGUACUAUGAAUAUUUAUAAAAGAACGGUUACAGAUGCUUCGAGGUCCAGAAUUCGCUAUGUGGCAGGAUACUGUGUGGCAAAGCUCAGAAAAAAGUAUGUGCAGGUUUUGAAAUCUAAUAUGUUCUCUUGUAGUAAAGCAUCACAAACAACAUUCAAGGAAGCUAGACAAACACUACUUAUUCUAAACUCAUUCAAGGAAGAAGAACAUUAUUUACAACAAAUGACAUCUCACCCCGACUCCCUUAUUGACACUGAAAGGAAACAAAAUAUAAGGCAUGGACUAACUAAUGUAACAGAUGGCAUGUUUAAUUUUUUCUUAAAUAUAACUGAGUUGUGUUUGCAAAAACUUGUGAAUGAAAAUUUAACAAAAUAUGGAAAAACAAUGUAUAAUAAUUGUUUGGAGCAGCUUCUUUGUGACAUGAAUUUAUAUCAGCAGUUUUCACAUAUGGUUAUUAAUAAAUUGAAAGGAGAAACCACUGAAGAAUUUUCUUUCACUCUGGAACAUGUGAUUAUAUCAGAAAUUGUGGAUUCUUUAGUUCUUACCUCUGCACAGAUUUGCACCAUAUAUAAUGAACUUGUUCAAAAAUACUUUCUGGUUUUAUUUGCUCAGUUUUGCAGAGAUGUUAAAGGUGUUUUUAAUAUCACAAAAACAAUGGCUCAUAGGAAGCAAAUAAAAGUUUCUAAAUGUUCUAAAAAAUCAAAAACACUUAAGAAACAAACUACAAAAUCAUUGGAACCAAUGGAUGUCACUGCACAAUCACCCAUGCUGCCUGUCCAACCAGAUUCAGAGCCUGAACCCCAACCGGGACCAUCAUAUUUGGAAAGUGAUAUUUGUAAAAAGUGCCAACAGGCAGAUGGAGAACUGUGGAUACAGUGUGAUUCGUGUAAUUCUUGGUUACACAGAAAAUGUGCAGGUUUGCAGAAUGCAAUGAAAUGGAAAAAAUAUUCAAAGGCUGGAGCUAAAUGGAACUGCACAGAAUGUGAAUAAUUUACAUUAUUUUUAUGGCUUUUUGAGUCAUCUAAAAUCAUUUUUAUAAAAGAGAACAAUCCAUAUAAUAGAAUAACAAUGUUGAAAAUAAAGUAAACAUUGAGUUAAUUUCGUGUGUAAUGAAAGUGCUCAGUACUGUUAUUGUCAUAAAUUGAUGGACAGACUCUUUCUUACCAAUUGACAAGCAUUUUCCUUUCAAUAAGGAAUAAUUUCUGUGAAGAACUGGAUAAACAAAUAUCUCCGACGAAAAAUAACUAUUGUUAAUAAAUUUGUGCCACACCCCCUUCACGUGCUCUUGAACCCGGCUUGCACUGAAUUACACGUGCUCUUGAACCCGGCUUGCACUCAAUUACAAUGACAGAGCCAGGCCCAGAAUCAUCCAAUCAAUGAAUGGCUUACAACCGGAGUCGGUUAGUAACCACGUGACUUGGACAACAACAACGACGCUUUGACGAAUGGAGACCGCAGUAUACUUUCACUGAUGCAGGCAAUCCAAACACUGUGUCGGGUCCCUAUGGAUAU